AUGCCGUGGGUCGGCGCGCAGGACGGGGGCCCCAGUUUGGAAGCUUGUUCCAAGACCAACAACCAAACCCGCCCUUCUAAAACGUUCACCGCGCCGACAACGAUGAACGACGAGGCAUGGGGACCGUUGCUCAGAGACCACCCGAUUUUCUCGCUCUCAACGAAGGGACUGGAAGGACUCGAUGACAACCGUAAAUCACAACUCGAGUUGUCGACCAACACGCUUUCGAGGUUCACCACCGUCGAUCCAAAGCAAGACGAUGCUACGCCUUCAGGUCGGCGACAAGUCAUGGCCCUGAGGGACACAGACCUGGUUGUUGCGGUUGGGAAGGAGCUGCGAAUAGCCUCUCUGGGGGAUAUCAAACUGGGACGGAGUGCGCGUAAAACCUACAAGGUUAUGCAUACCCCAAAUGUCAAUUUUGAGAUCCAUCAAAUUUCUUUGAACCCGAGUGGCAAGCUUUUAGCUAUAGCUGGUGCAUUCCAGGUUGCGGUGGUGGUCAUGCCCCGACCGGGUUACAACAGACUUGUUCCUGAUUCCAUUGACUGCAAAGCCGUUCAAGUAGGAAAGUACUAUCACGCGAGGGACAGUUCUGUGCCAGUCGCCAAAAUCGAUUGGCAUCCUUGGGGCGAGGCUGGUUCAACGCUACUGGUCAUGACCACGGACGGGCGGCUGAGGGAGUACGAUAUCUCUUAUGACGCCGAAGAACCUCAACAGACGCUAUCCUUUAUCCCUCAACGCAAGACGAAAGCAUUUGCUGCAGAGGAUGAGGGCGAACGCGAGGUUACCUCCUUCACUUUGGGAAAAGGCAAGGCCGACUGGGGCCCACUUACCAUCUAUGCCCUCACGAAAUCCGGUGACGUCUAUGCUAUUUGCCCUUACCUUCCCCAAAACGCGAUGAUUCCGUCGGCUUAUGUUCACUCGCUAGAGUGCUUCAUCUCUGCUAAGCAGGAGUUUCUGGCACAAGGGGAGGACACUCCUGCUCAUCUAUCUGCUCUUUACGACUACCAAAGGAAAUACGUCACUGCCCUCACGAAACAGUUGCCUCCAGGGAUUGUCUUCCCUGCAGCCUCACGGCCCGUUUCAAUACAUCCCCCCAGAACCAUAUCGAGUCCAGUAUCUCGCCAGGGUCCCUUCCUUUUGCAGCCCUCUCCAAGGCAAUUGGAGGGAAGUGAAGGAGGUGAUGCAACAGACAUCGUUUACCUCGAAUUUGGCACCGAUGAAGACCAGGAAGGAGAAGGCCAGGAGACUGACCAUCUUGGGGUCAUUAUGGUUGCCUAUCAAGACGGAAAGGUAGACGUGUGUUUGGAUGUAGAGAAGGUCGAAGCCCGUUGGGACUUCAAGCAGAUGCGACAAAAGCACGAGUUACCCAUGCUUGCUGUCUAUGAGACAAUCGAUCUAGGAUUGGUGUCCUCCUUGAAUCAACUAUCUACCAACCCUAACGGCCCGCCGUUGCUGGAUCUGCUCCGUGGCAAUCAUGCUGUGCUCUUUCCUGAUCCCAUCCAUGACAAUGUCGUCUACAUAUACCAUGCUUUCGGAGUUCAUACCCUGAACAUCUCCCCGGUGCUGGAGAAUCUAGCCCACGCUCUACGAAUCGAUGACGAUGCAGCGGAAUCCUCCCUCAAGUCAACGUUGGAGCAGGCAGCUCAAACGAUUGUCCAACCUAUUCUCGCUACUUUCUCGAUUGAUCGCAGAUGCUCCAAUCCAGUGGUUGCUGUGGCCGUACCCAAUGAUGUGCACCUCACCUACAGCAUCUUCAUCUUGACAUCGACGAUGCGGUUGACGGCCUUCCCGCUCAACCUGCAAACGGAAGAGCCUCUCCCAAUGUCACCGCCCCAACCGAAGCCAAAGGAAAUCACUGCCUCUGACGCGACGACUUCCGAGCCCCGGAGUCGAUGGCUGACUCCAGGGGACGGGCCCCCAAGCUAUGUGACUCUCCUCGGAGAAAAUCCUUAUACCAUUCCACCGAUCCUCAAGCCGUCUGGUCUUCCCACACUUCCCAAGCUGUCCCUGCCGCCGAAGUCAUCCGAAUUCAUGCUCACUCCUGAUACCCUGCGCUACAUCGGCAAGACUAUCGAGCAGAUUACGAGUCAAAUCCACCAACUCUACAUCGCCCAACGUGCGGCUGAAGCUCGAGCAUCGCUUCAAAAGGAGGAAUUGGCUCGUCAGGUGGCCAAGUGUCAAGAAAUCCGAAAGACUUUGGCCACCUUGAAGGAGAAGUCAUCAUCCACCGGGAAUUCUAGGUUGAAACAGGUUGAAGAUGCGCAGAAAGGGAUCAUGAAGCGCUUAGACAGGCUAUUGCAGAGCCUCAUGGAGAAAGCCUCACCAGAAUUGAGCGAGAACGAGACCAAGUGGUUCGAAGAGCUCAAGCGAAUGAAGGCGGAAAUUCUUGGACAAGGGCGGUAUGACGAAGGAUCGCUGACUGCGAGGGUCAAAGCGUUGGAACGUGAAUAUGAAAGGAUUACACCGGCGCUCAAGGCCAUCGUCGAGAAGGAGAAGCAGCGUCAUGAACAAACCAUGGAUCUUAAUCGCUCUCUCGGUUUCUCACAAGCCUUCGAAUAUGGCAAACGCUCGAACGAAGAUGCUAAACGGAUAGCCAAACUCGAGAGCGAGAUUAAUAAACUGGCGACCAAGCUGGAUGUUACGCUCGCACGCCCUUCCCAUUCCUAG